AUGAACGCAGCAGGAGCAACUUCUUUUGAUGUGCGCAUUUUGUACAAUGAUAUAUGUUCUAACAACUUGGAGGCAGCAAAACAAAUCCUUGAGCAACAUUCAAGUGCCUGGACGGCAAAACUUACAGCUACAAAUGGAACACCUCUCCAUGUGGCUGCACUUUUUGGACAUGUAGAACUAGUGGAGGAGAUGGUGAAAUUAGCUAGCCCAGAAUUCCUCGAAAUAGUUGACGAUUAUGGCUCUACUCGACUUGCAAUUGCUGCAUCCACUGGAGACACUGAAAUUGUAAAAUGCAUGCUUGAUAAAAAUAGAAACUUACUUGAAAUUCCAGACUUGAGACUUCAUCUUCCUGUUGCAUUGGCCAUUGGUGCUGGUCAGAAAGAAAUGGGACGUUUUCUCUAUAGGGAAACCACAUUGGAAGUAUUGAAACCCCAAAAUGGCUAUCUAGGUUCUCGACUUCUUCGUGCAUGUUUCGAAGUUGGUGAACUUGAUAUUGCUCUGCAUCUACUUGAACAAUGCGAAGAUAUCAUUUUUGUCAUAGACCACACAAAUUGGACACCAGUUGCGAGUAUAGCAAUCUUGCCUUCUGCAGUUGAGAGUUUGACUCUGGACGAUAGAAAUUGGAAUACUUUCUUCUAUGCUAUUGAACAUCGUCAAGCUAAUGUUUUCAGCCUAAUUCACGAGUAUCGCUUCAAGAAUUUAGUAGCAUCAGUGGUAGAUACCGACCAAGAUUUCAUGCUGCAUGUUGCAGCUAAGUUGGGUCCUUCUAAUCGCCAACCUCACCGCUGUCCAGCUCUGCAAAUGCAAAGUGAAAUGCAAUGGUUCAAGGAAGUUGAAAGAUUAGUACCUCCUGGACUGAGGGUAUCUUUGAAUAAUUGGAGUGGGCAAACACCAAAAGACACAUUCAAAGAAACUCACACAGAUUUAAGGGAUGCAGGAGAAAAAUGGAUGAAGGAUACAGCAUCUCCUUGUUCUGUUGUUGGUGCUUUGAUUGUUACCGUCAUGUCUGCGGCAACUUUUACUGUUCCAGGAGGAUACAAUCAAAAUACUGGACACCCAGGAUUUUCACCUCACGUUAUGCUGAAGUAG